AAUGCCUAACAAAUUAAACUAAAACCAAAUUCCAGGCAGCUCUCCUUUAUUCUCUAUCAUUAGCUCCAGGGCAUGUAUUCUUGCCUCCCUCUUUCUUUCAAUCGUAACUGUAACGAAGCAUAGCAGGGAGACGACAAAGGAAAGCCAUCCCAUGGCUCUCAAAUCAGGCAGAAAGCUACAACCCUCUCGCUCACGAAGACCCCAGAUUUUCAAAAACCCCAAAGCGGCCGUCGCAUUGGCUUUAAUUUUCAUGGACGCCCUCCUCGUCGCUCUUAUCAUCGCCUACGUUCCCUAUACCAAAAUUGACUGGGACGCAUACAUGUCGCAGGUUACUGGGUUUCUUGGAGGAGAAAGGGACUACACUAACUUGAAAGGCGAUACGGGGCCACUGGUUUAUCCUGCUGGUUUUCUGUAUAUUUACUCCGCCAUUCGAUUUAUUACAGGAGGGGAGGUUUAUCCAGCUCAGAUCUUGUUUGGCAUCUUAUACAUCAUAAACCUGUCUAUCGUCAUCUUCAUCUAUGUGAAAACUGAAGUGCUUCCUUGGUGGGCUCUUAUCCUGCUUUCUCUCUCAAAAAGAGUGCACUCGAUCUUUGUUCUUCGUCUCUUCAAUGACUGUUUUGCAAUGACACUCCUCCAUGCUGCAUUGGCCAUGCUUCUUUACCAAAAGUGGCAUCUGGGACUGAUUCUUUUCAGUGGGGCUGUUUCGAUAAAGAUGAAUGUGCUCCUCUAUGCUCCACCUUUGUUACUCCUCAUGUUAAAGGCUAUGAAUAUCUAUGGAGUGAUAUCGGCUUUAGCUUGUGCAGCCCUGGUUCAGAUUUUGGUGGGGCUGCCCUUUUUAGUCUCACAUCCGAUCGCAUAUAUAUCAAGAGCCUUCAAUCUUGGUCGUGUGUUCAUCCACUUUUGGUCUGUUAACUUCAAGUUCAUUCCUGAACCAGUUUUUGUAUCAAAGCAAUUUGCAAUCUCUUUGCUGAUUGCUCACCUUGGGUUGCUUGCUGCUUUUGCUCAUUAUAAAUGGUGCAGGCAAGAAGGAGGACUUUUUAAGUUUUUGCAUUCUAAAGUUACAUCUGCACUUUCAAGUUCUAGCAGUUCAGGCCUUAAGAUUCUCAAGGAAGAACAUAUCAUGACAACUCUGUUUGCUGGGAACUUCAUUGGCAUUGUAUGCGCUCGCUCGCUGCAUUAUCAAUUUUAUUCUUGGUACUUCUAUAGCUUGCCUUAUCUAUUGUGGAAAACACAUUUCCCAACAUUACUCCGUUUGGUUUUGUUUGUAGGUGUGGAGUUUUGCUGGAAUGUCUAUCCUUCAAACAAUUAUUCAUCUGCUCUUCUUCUCUGUCUCCAUUUACUUAUACUAUGGGGCCUAUGGUCUGCUCAAUCUGAAUAUCCUGAUGUGGAGGAGAAAUUGUCCACUAGAAAGAAGGAAAAAUGAGUCUCCAAGGUUUUUUUGUUGUUGUUUUGUUUCAGAAGAAUUCACUCUUUCCCCCGAUGUAAUUUUGGAACUCAAAAUUAAAUAUGGAAAAGCAACAUGAAUGCAAAACAGAGAGAACAACAGAGUAGCUCCUUCCUCUGCACUCCUUUUUAUUUUUAUCUUCUUUUAACAAAUCGAAAUCUCUUAUUUGCUUUUA